UACUUCAUCGAUGAAAGAAACUAGUGAUAAAGCUAGUAUCAACUGUCAAAGAAAAUUUCCCGAGGGCAUUUCAUCUUGCCAACAAUACUUAUCGUCACCGAAUUAUCGCCUAGUUGGCAAGGGAAAAGUGCACAACACUUUGGGAGAUUUACUUCACCAUAGACCGCUCCCAGAUGGACACCUGAAAGUAUCAGUUGAUGUUGUAUUAGAUCAUGAUGCGGUGCUACCGGCACCUGACAUGGUCUCAGAGACAACAUUUCUGCGAGAUGCAAUAGGGUCAUUUGUUGCAUGGCCCUCGGAGCUCAUUUUCAUUGGUGAUGAGACUACUCCUACAAAACCCGCAAUUAAGGGUAAAGGGAUUUUGCAGGAGGACGAGUCUGUUGCAUCACUAAAAGAGGUACAUUUAAAGUGUUAAUAUAUGAUCUGAAUCUAAAACUGCAUGAUUUUAUAAUUUACCUAAGUUAUAUGAUUUUUAGGUAUCUGCUCGAGGGUCACAACAAGUGACGCAGCAAGAUCGUAGCGUACCGCCCAAGGAAAAGGGUCCUCCGAAGGCCGUGGCAAAAAGAGGUGCUUUUGUGCCUCGAUACCGGCAUACGCUCGGAACAC